CAUCUAUAGAUUUACCCUCAGCUAUGAAUUAAACCAAUCAAUUCAAUUCAAUUAUUUUGAAGGGUGAUUUAGAACGAUCCCGUGUCUUUGCAAAGACGUGUUCCUGACUGAAUUCUGAGACUUUUUCUUUACGAAAAUUUUAUCUAACGCUUACGUUUGAAUUAUUAAGAGAUAAAGCUAGCGAAUUACGAGCCGUGCAUAGAAGGCGUCUCAGUUAUGGACCGGAAAGCUAAACAAAUUGAUCUUUGUUUGGCCGUUCAUAUAGCAGCACAUACAGCCGUAAGAAGCAUAGACCAUUUGGGCGAGCUAUUGUCAGUGCUAGGAAAAGGCUCUGCACUGGAAAAUAUUCGGAUCCAUAGAACCAAGUGUUCUAAGUUAAUAAAAAAUGUAAUUUCACCGGCUAUGCUCACCGAAUUGAUAAAUGAUAUUGAUAAUCAGAAAUUUUCCCUUAUAAUCGACGAAUCAACUGAUGUAUCCGUCAUUAAGUACUUGGCGUUUUGUGUUCGAUACUUCAGUCUGAAACGCAAAAGCAUAAUCACUGAUUUUUUGGGCUUUGUCGAAGUCGAAAGAGCAACUGGAAUAAUAUUAUGUAAUUCCACAAUUGAGUAUCUGACAGCCAUAGGCCUUGACUACAAGAAUGUUAUUGGCAUUGCGUCAGAUGGUGCUGCUAACAUGAUAGAUGUUGAGAAUGGCUUCUUUAAAUUCUUUAAAGAUAAGGUACCAACUGUUCAGCUGAUUAAAUGUUCUUGCCAUUCUCUACAUCUUUGCUUAUCAAAAGCCGCUGAGCAAUUACCCGCUGAUCUUGAAUUUUUGGUUCGGGAAUCUAGAAACUGGUUUGCCAAUAGCCCUUUGCGACGCAUUCAGUAUGAGUCUCUGUAUUCGGCUAUCAAUAAAGGAGAUAUGCCUCUAAAACUAGUACAGUUGGUGAAGACUCGAUGGUUGGCCUGGUCGAAGGCUAUUAAUGUACUAAUUGAACAGUGGCUAGAAUUGAAAACUCACUUCAAUAUCCAUAUACGUAGUCUUAAUCCCAGUGAUAAAUGCACGGUUGGAAGAAAAUUGAGAGAACUCUACAACGAUGAAACAAAUUAUCUAUAUUUGCUUUUUAUUAAACCAAUUACAAAUGAGUUUAAUAGGAUCAAUCUAAAAUUCCAGCUAAAUUCUACUGAAGUUACAAAGCUGUUUGUGGAUCUUCGAAUCUUAUUAGUAUCAUUAGUGCGUCAUAUUUUGAAACCCUCUUUCAUUAAAAUUAACAAUGAAGGGAAAUUUCUCACAGCUGAGGCCUUUGAAUUGCUACGCAAUGCGCUGAAUAAUCCGGAGGCAUAUCUACCUCUCAAUAGUAUUGACUAUGGAGCAUCUUUCACAAUCCAUCUAGAUCUGAACGAUGACGUAGAUGUACUGAAGACACAGUGGGAUAAGCUCAAUAUCAUCGAUUUCAGAAGUCACUUUGACGACAUGAUCCCACAGAAUUCCGAAAAGUUCUGGAUUGGAAUUCUUGACUAUAAGGAUUCAUCGGGAUGCGCGGUGUUUUCGGAAAUCGCAAAGUUUGCACCACGGGUACUAAGUCUGCCUUUUUCUAAUGCGUUUGUGGAAAGAACAUUUAGCUUCAUGAAUGCUAUCAAAACAAAGGCUAGAAAUAGAAUGUCAAUAGAAAUUUUGAUGGCAAUCAUGAGAGUUCGAAUUUGGUUUGCUCAGACAAACGAGUGUUGUAACAAAUUCGUACCAAAUGAUAGAAUGUAUGAGCUAUUUACAUCACAGAUGUAUGUAGAACUGGAGCAGGUUGCUACAGUUGAUGGUGAAAACGAGGACGUUUCGAUUUUGACGAGGCCCUGGAAAUUUUUCCAAGAGAAGAUGAACUGA